AAAACUAAUCUCCGGGACCAGGACUCUGCUUCAGCCUCUGGAGCUCUGCCUAGGCGAAGAAGUGCCCACGCCCUGGGGCUCUGCCUGCCAUGAGACCUGUCAGUGUGUGGCAUUACUGCUCAUGGCCACUGCUGCUACUACAUUGGCUGUGCAGCUCCUGUGUGGGGUCUCCGUCCCCUCCCACUGACCCGGAGAAGAAGGCGGGAAGCCAGGGGCUGAGGUUCCGACUGGCCGGCUUUCCUAGAAAGCCCUAUGAGGGCCGUGUGGAAAUACAACGUGCCGGUGAGUGGGGCACCAUCUGUGACGACGACUUCACGCUGCAGGCUGCCCACGUCCUCUGCCGGGAGCUGGGCUUCACAGAAGCCACAGGUUGGACGCAUAGUGCCAAAUACGGCCCAGGAGCAGGCCGCAUCUGGCUGGACAAUCUGAGCUGCAGUGGGACUGAAGGAAGUGUGACAGAAUGCGCCUCCCGCGGCUGGGGAAACAGUGACUGUACCCACGAUGAGGAUGCUGGGGUCAUCUGCAAGGACCAGCGCCUUCCUGGCUUCUCAGACUCCAACGUCAUUGAGGUAGAGCAUCACCUACAAGUAGAGGAAGUACGACUCCGGCCAGCUGUGGAGUGGGGCAGGCGACCCCUGCCCGUCACUGAGGGCCUGGUUGAAGUCAGGCUUCCUGAUGGCUGGGCCCAAGUGUGUGACAAAGGCUGGAGCGUCCACAACAGCCACGUGGUCUGCGGUAUGCUGGGCUUCCCUGGAGAGAAGAGAGUCAACAUGGCCUUCUACAGGAUGCUGGCCCAGAAGCAGCAGCACACCUUUGGCGUGCACGGGGUAGCGUGUGUGGGCACGGAAGCCCACCUCUCCCUUUGUUCUCUGGAGUUCUAUCGUGCCAAUGACACCGGCAGGUGCUCCGGGGGAAACCCAGCGGUGGUGAGCUGUGUGUUGGGUCCUCUUUACGCCGCCUCUACGGGGCAGAAGAAGCACCCACAGCCCAAGUCUCAGGGGGAGGCCCGUGUGCGCCUAAAGGGUGGUGCCCAUCCUGGAGAGGGCCGAGUGGAAGUCCUGAAGGCUGGCACGUGGGGCACAGUCUGUGACCGGAAGUGGGACCUGCAGGCAGCCAGCGUGGUGUGUCGAGAGCUGGGCUUUGGCACUGCUCGAGAGGCCCUGAGCGGUGCCCGCAUGGGGCAGGGCAUGGGGGCUAUCCACUUGAGCGAAGUGCGGUGCUCUGGCCAAGAACCCUCCCUCUGGAAGUGUCCCUCCAAGAACAUCACCGCUGAGGACUGUUCCCACAGCCAGGAUGCCGGUGUACGAUGCAACCUCCCCUACACUGGAGUGGAGACUAAGAUCCGACUGAGUGGGGGCCGAAGCCGCUAUGAGGGGCGAGUGGAGGUGCAAAUAGGGGCCCCUGGGCGCCUCCGCUGGGGCCUCAUCUGUGGGGAUGACUGGGGGACCCUGGAGGCCAUGGUGGCCUGUAGGCAACUUGGUCUGGGCUACGCCAACCACGGCCUGCAGGAGACCUGGUACUGGGACUCAGGGAAUGUAACUGAGGUGGUGAUGAGCGGAGUGCGGUGCACGGGGUCUGAGCUGUCCCUGAACCAGUGUGCCCAUCACAGCACCCACAUCGCCUGCAAGAGGACCGGAACCCGCUUCACUGCAGGAGUCAUCUGUUCUGAGACUGCCUCAGACCUGCUGCUGCACUCAGCGCUGGUACAGGAGACUGCUUACAUUGAGGACCGACCACUGCACAUGCUGUACUGCGCUGCUGAAGAGAACUGCCUGGCCAGCUCCGCCCGCUCGGCCAACUGGCCCUACGGGCACCGGCGUCUGCUCAGAUUCUCCUCCCAGAUCCACAACCUCGGAAGAGCCGACUUCAGGCCCAAGGCCGGACGCCACUCUUGGGUGUGGCAUGAAUGCCAUGGGCAUUACCACAGCAUGGACAUCUUCACUCACUACGACAUCCUGACGCCCAACGGCAGCAAGGUGGCCGAGGGCCACAAAGCCAGUUUCUGUCUGGAAGACACUGAGUGUCAGGAGGAUGUCUCCAAGAGGUAUGAGUGCGCCAACUUCGGAGAGCAGGGCAUCACCGUGGGAUGCUGGGAUCUCUACAGGCACGACAUUGACUGUCAGUGGAUCGACAUCACAGACGUGACGCCGGGAAACUACAUUCUGCAGGUGGUUAUCAACCCAAAUUUUGAGGUAGCAGAGAGUGACUUUACCAACAAUGCAAUGAAAUGCAACUGCAAAUACGAUGGGCAUCGCAUCUGGGUACACAACUGCCACAUCGGUGAUGCCUUCAGUGAAGAGGCCAACAGGAGGUUUGAGCGCUACCCUGGCCAGACCAGCAACCAGAUCGUCUGAAAUGCCGCCACCCUCGCAGCAAACUACCGCUGCCCCCCCACCCUGGGCCUCAGGAGCUUACCACAAGAAGCCCUGAUGUCAGCAGGCCUGCGACACUCAUCCACCUGUGCACUACAGAUGACAGACUGCUAUUGGACAGAAGUUGGCACCUCCCUUACUGGGUCAGCAGUCAGUACCUUUGGCCAGGCAUGGAGAAUCGGCCAAGAGACAGAAUGCACAGCACACAGAACUGCCCCAACAGGAAGGGGCCGCGGCUGGUUCCUUGAAUAGGAGGUCAGAAGAUCAGCUCCUGCAGCUCUCCUAAGUACCGCUUUACCUCUAGCCUUUUGAUGGGGGAAAAGAUCCAGCCCCCAUUUUUGACUGAAACAUGUUGCUAGGUAUAAUUUUAUUUUAUAUAAAAUGUGUUCUUCAGA